GAACAACAUUCAUUAUUUUCCCUGCGAUUCUGCGAUGGUCUACCUGCUUUCUCCCUACCCCCACCGAAUCUCCUCUGAAUGGCUGAUUGCAGAUAAGCCUGAACUCAGAGUCAAGAGAAAGAAAAGAGUCGAAUGAAUUUGGUUCAUCAUGGUGACAUAGCGUCAAAUUUUGUUGCUGCUUAAGCCUACACUUGAGCUGAACUUCGGGAAUUGAAUGUUGCCGAGUUAUUUUGGCAUCGAUUGAUGGCAUGUCCCUUUCUUUUGCUCAAGUCGGCUUACAUUUCAGCCCCCAGCACCACCAGCCUGCAAGAUGGGAGGAGACGGUGGAUUUGGCAAAGGCGGUUUUGGAGACAAAGGAAAGGGAAAAGGCAAGAAGGGCAAGGGAAAGGGCAAGGGCAAGGGAAAGCAGGAAGAGAAGCAAUGGGUGCCCAUGACAAAGCUGGGACGCUUGGUGAAUGAUGGCAAGAUCACUCAGUUGGAGGACAUCUACCUGCACUCUUUGCCCAUCAAGGAGCCCGAGAUCAUUGACCACUUCUACCCCCCUGGCUCGUUGAAGGACGAGGUGCUGAAGAUCCACCCCGUGCAGAAAAUGACUUCUGCGGGUCAGACCAACCGCUUUGUGUGCUAUGUCCUUGUGGGUGACACGAAUGGCCACAUUGGCUUGGGUUCCAAGUGUGCCAAGGAGGUUGCCACGGCCAUUCGAGGUGGUAUCAUUGCGGCAAAAAUGAACCUGAUCCCUGUCCGUCGUGGCUUCUGGGGUAACAGGAUUGGUCUGCCCCACACAGUUCCCAUGAAGGUCCAUGGCAAGUGCGGUUCAGUGCGAGCCCGCUUGAUCCCUGCCCCUCGAGGCUCUGGCAUUGUCGGCUCCCCAGUCAUGAAGAAGAUGAUGGCCUUCGCUGGCAUUUCUGAUUGCUUCACUUGCUCUUGCGGUCACACACGAACCACGGCCAACUUUGCAAAGGCGACCUUCGAGGCGCUCAAGGCUACUUAUGGCUACUUGACCCCCGACCUCUGGAAGCCCACGAAUCACGUGAAGUCUCCUUUCCAGGAGUGGUCUGACUACCUCUCACAAUCCAAGCAGGCUGCAACUUACUGAGCUGACCGAGACUCGCUGAAAGCUGGGAGUGGUUGAAAAA